UCCUUUCUCGCUCUCCCGAGUGGCGAUCUCCGGGCGCGGAUCCUGCCUCCUCUUCCUCCUCCAUCUCCGCACAUUCCGGUUCCCUCUAAACGAUGUGACGCCGGCCACGGUGCAUGAAGACAGACGCAGCCACGCUCAAGAAUGACGCCCACCCGCCAAAGCGACGACGGGGCCCUCAGGAGGCCGCGGGCCUUGCCACUGACUCUGCUGCUCGCCUGGACGCUGCUCUGCCUCUGCCGUACGGGCGCCGGCGCCGGGCCCGAGCCAGCCACCUUCUCUCCAGACCUCGGCGACUGGAGCCUCAACCACCUGGUGGUGCACAACACGACGGGCGACGUGUACGUCGGUGCCGUCAACCGGAUAUUCAAGCUGUCGAGCAACCUGUCCCUGCUCCGGACGCACGAGACGGGGCCCAGCCGCGACAACAAGAAGUGCUACCCGCCGCCGACCAUCCAGAACUGCAACCACGACCUCGCGCCCACCAGCAACGUCAACAAGAUGCUGCUCAUCGACUACGCCGAGAACCGGCUGGUCGCCUGCGGUAGCCUCUUCCAGGGCAUCUGCCAGCUGCUGCGUCUGGACGACCUCUUCAAGCUGGGUGAGCCCAACCACCGCAAGGAGCACUACUUCUCGAGCGUCAACGAGAGCGGCACCAUGUUCGGCGUGAUCAUCGCGGGCAAGGGCGGCCGCCACGAGCGCCUCUACGUGGGCACGCCCAUCGACGGCAAGUCCGAGUACUUCCCCACUAUGUCGAGUCGCAAGCUCACGCCCAACGCGGAGGACGCCGAGAUGUUCAGCUACGUCUACCAGGACGAGUUUCUAUCGUCGCAGCUCAAGAUCCCAUCCGACACGCUCAGCACCACGCCCAGCUUCGACAUCUUCUACGUCUACGGCUUCACUGUGGGCAAGUUCGUCUACUUCCUCACGCUGCAGCCCGACAUCGGCGUCCACGCCGACUCGUCCAGCGACCAGUUCUACACCUCCAAGGUGGUGCGCCUCUGCGUCGACGACUCCAUCUUCUACUCCUACGUGGAGCUGCCCAUCGGCUGCGUGAAGGACGGCAUCGAGUAUCGCCUCGUCCAGGGGGCCUACCUGGCCAAGCCGGGCCGCGUGCUCGCGCACUCGCUAGGAGUCGCGCCCGACGACCACGUGCUCUUCGCCGUCUUCGCCAAGGGCCAGAAGAGCUGGCGGCGGCCGCCCAAGGAGUCGGCGCUGUGCGUGUUCACGCUGCGCGCCAUCAACGACGUGGUCAAGGAGCGCGUGCAGUCGUGCUAUCGCGGACAGGGCCAGCUCGACCUCACCUGGCUCAUCAACAAGCAGCUAGACUGCCGCGAGGCGCCCAUGCAGAUCAGCGAUGAGUUCUGCGGGCAGGUGAUCAACCAGCCGCUGGGGGGCACGCGCCUCGUGGAGGGGGUGCCCGUGUUCCUGGAGGCCUCCGAUGGCCUCACCUCCGUGGCCGCCUACACCUUCAACGACCAAUUGGUGGCCUUCCUGGGCACCAAGAACGGCAAGAUCAAGAAGGUGCGCGUGGACUCGGCAGGGCAGGCCCCCGGCGUGCAAACGGCGCUGCACUACGAGACUGUGGUGGUGGCACCGGGCAGCAAGGUGCUGCGCGACAUGGAGUUCACGCUAGACCACCGCCACCUCUACGUCAUGACCAACAAGAAGGUGAGCCGCGUGCCCGUGGAGUCGUGCCAUCAGCACCACAGCUGCGCCGACUGCCUGGGCUCGGGGGACCCACACUGUGGUUGGUGUGUCCUCCACAACAUCUGCUGCCGCUCGGACGAGUGUGGGCGGGCGAACGAGCCUCUGCGCUUCGCGUCGCGCAAGGAUCGCUGCGUCCACCUCUCGGUACAGCCCAACAACGUGUCCAUCACCAUGGCCAGCGUGCCGCUGACCCUGCGGCUGGUGAACGUGCCGGACCUGUCGGCGGGGGUGAACUGCACGUUUGCGGAGUUUGCCGAGACGGAGGCGCUGGUGGAAGAGCGGGAGCGAGUCAGCUGCCUCUCCCCCUCGCCCCGCGACGUCGCACGCAUCCUCAGCAACCGUGGCGACACGCGUGUGGUUAGGCUGGGCCUGCGCUCACGCGAGACCGGGCGCGAGUUCGCCAGCACCGACUUCGUCUUCUUCAACUGCAGCGUCCACCCCUCGUGCCUGGCGUGUGUUCGGAGCGAGUACCGCUGCCACUGGUGCAAGUACCGCCACGUGUGCACCCACGACCCCACCAGCUGCUCCUUCCAGGAGGGCCGCGUCAACACCACCGAGGACUGCCCCCAACUGCUCCCCUCUCCGGAGAUCCUGAUCCCCGUGGGGGUGGUGAGGCCCAUCACCCUCAACGCCAAGAACCUGCCGCAGCCGCAGUCGGGUCAGCAGGGCUACGAGUGCGUGGUGAGCGUGGUGGGCACCGAGGUGCGCGUGCCCGCCCUGCGCUUCAACAGCUCCAGCGUGCAGUGCCAGAACACCUCGUACACGUACGAGAGCGGCUCCGUGAGUGACCUGCCGGUCGAUUUCUCUGUGCUGUGGAACGGCCACUUCGCCAUCGACAACCCCACCAACAUCAAGGUUCACCUGUACAAGUGCGGUGCGGCGCGCGACAGCUGCGGCCUGUGCCUGAAGGCCGAGCCCAAGUUCACGUGCGGCUGGUGCCAGCCCGAGGGGAAGUGCUCGCUCAAGCAGCAUUGCAGCCAAGCGGCCGUCAACUGGAUGCACCUGCUGGUGGGGUCGCGGCGGUGCACGCACCCCCGCAUCACCCAGGUGACCCCAGCCACGGGGCCGCGGGAGGGCGGCACGCGCGUCACGAUCCGCGGAGAGAACCUGGGCCUGGAGCUGUACGAGGUGACGGAGCACGUGAUGGUGGCCGGCGUGCGCUGCCUUCCCCUGCAGCACGAGUACAUCAGCGCCGAGCAGAUCGUGUGUGAGAUGGAGGAGGCCGGCCGCUCCGAUCCCCCGUCCGGCCCCGUCCGCGUCUGCGUCAACGUCUGUCUCCCCGAGUAUACGGCCGUGUCGCAGCAGCACUACCGGUUCACGGUACCGGUGCUGAGUGGCCUCCGCCCGGACAAGGGCCCCGUGUCGGGCGGCACCACCGUCACUGUGCUGGGAAGCAACCUCGACGCCGGCAGCACCGUGGCCGUCACCUUCAACAACAACAGCUGCCGCUUUCUCAGACGCUCCGCCACGGAGCUGGUGUGCGUCAGUUCUGGCGCGAGCUCGGGGCUGGGCCGGGCGCGCGUGGCGCUGCACAUCGACCGCGCCAGUGUGCACAGCGAGCUGGCCUUCGAGUACCGGGAUGACCCCACGGUGACACGCGUCGAGCCCGAGUGGAGCAUCUACAACGGCAGCACGAUGGUGACCGUGACGGGGACCAACCUGGCGCUCAUUCAGGAGCCCAAGAUCCGCGUCAAAUUCAACGGCUCCGAGAGCAUCAGCCCCUGCGAGGUGGUGAACGGAAGCCACAUGGUGUGCCGGGCCCCCGGGCUGCCCCUGGCCGCUGGCCUUCCGCUGGCCGACGCCGAGGUGCGACCCGACGAGUUUGGGUUCGUCCUGGACGCGGUGUCGGCGCUGCUGGCCAUCAACAACUCGGCCUUCCUUUACUACCCCAACCCCUCCUUCGAGAUGCUCAACCCCACCGGCACGCUCGAGAUCAAGCCUGGAGCACCCAUCAUCCUCAAGGGUCGGAACAUUGUUCCGCCGGGCGGGAAGCUCAACUACUCGGUGAUGAUCGGAGACCACCGGUGCGAGGUGACGGUGUCGGAGACGCAGAUCCUGUGCGAGUCGCCCAGCAUCACCGGGCGCCACCGUGUGCUGGUGCGCGUGGGAGGGAACGAGCAGUCCCCCGGGAUGGUGCAUAUCUACUCGGACAGCCUGCUGAGCCUGCCCACCAUCGUGGGCAUCGCGGUGGGGGGCGGCCUCCUCAUCUUCAUCAUCGUCGCCGUGCUCAUCGCCUACAAACGCAAGUCCAAGGAGAGCGACCUCACGCUGCGCCGCCUGCAGAUGCAGAUGGACAACCUGGAGUCGCGCGUCGCGCUCGAGUGCAAGGAGGCCUUUGCGGAGCUGCAGACUGACAUCAACGAGCUGACCAGCGACCUGGACGGCACGGGCAUCCCCUUCCUGGACUACCGCACGUACGCCAUGCGCGUGCUCUUCCCCGGCAUCGAGGAGCACCCGGUGCUCAAGGAGCUGGAGGUGCCCGGGAACCGGCAGGAGAGCGUGGAGAAGGGCCUCAAGCAGUUUGGGCAGCUGCUCAACAACAAGGCCUUCCUGCUCACCUUCAUCCGCACCCUCGAGUCCCAGCGGAGCUUCUCGAUGCGCGACCGCGGCAACGUGGCGUCGCUCAUCGCCACGGCGCUGCAGGGCAAGAUGGAGUACGCCACCGACGUCCUCAAGCAGCUGCUGUCCGACCUCAUCGACAAGAACCUGGAAAGCAAGAACCACCCCAAGCUGCUGCUGCGCCGCACGGAGUCCGUAGCUGAGAAGAUGCUCACCAACUGGUUCACAUUCCUACUGCACAAGUUCCUCAAGGAGUGCGCCGGCGAGCCCCUCUUCAUGCUCUACUGCGCCAUCAAGCAGCAGAUGGAAAAGGGGCCGAUCGACGCCAUCACGGGCGAGGCGCGCUACUCGCUCAGCGAAGACAAGCUCAUCCGCCAGCAGAUCGACUACCGCACGCUCACGCUGAACUGCGUGAACCCGGACAACGAGAAUGGGCCCGAGGUGGCGGUGAAGCUGCUCAACUGUGACACGGUGACGCAGGUCAAGGAGAAGCUGCUCGACGCCGUCUACAAGAACGUGCCCUACUCGCUGCGCCCCAAGAGCGUCGACAUGGACCUGGAGUGGAGGCAGGGGCGCAUGGCCCGAAUCAUCCUGCAGGACGAGGACAUCACCACCAAGAUCGAAAACGACUGGAAAAGACUCAACACGCUCGCCCAUUACCAGGUCGCUGACGGCUCCAUUGUGGCGCUGGUUCCCAAGCAAACGUCAUACAUCGCCAACCCCACGGUGCUGCCGCGCCCCUCCGUGAGCCGAUACGGUGCGUGCCACAACGCCAGCGUGAACCAUCAACCCCAACCAACAACCCCCAACCGCAACCCCCGAUUAGCACGGUUGGCUACGUACGAGAACAUGAUCCGGUACGCGGGCAGCCCGGACUCGCUGCGCUCGCGCACGCCCAUGAUCACGCCCGACCUGGAGAGCGGCACCAAGCUGUGGCACCUGGUGAAGAACCACGACCACGCCGACCAGAAGGAGGGCGAUCGCGGCAGCAAGAUGGUGUCCGAGAUCUACCUCACCCGGCUGCUAGCCACCAAGGGCACGCUGCAGAAGUUUGUGGACGACCUGUUUGAGACGAUCUUCAGCACGGCGCACCGCGGCAGCUCGCUGCCCCUCGCCAUCAAGUACAUGUUCGACUUCCUGGACGAGCAGGCCGACCGGCACACCAUCAGCGACCCCGACGUGCGCCACACGUGGAAGAGCAACUGCCUGCCGCUGCGCUUCUGGGUGAACGUGAUCAAGAACCCGCAGUUCGUGUUCGACAUCCACAAGAGCAGCAUCACGGACGCGUGCCUCUCCGUCGUCGCGCAGACCUUCAUGGACUCGUGCUCCACCUCGGAGCACCGGCUCGGCAAGGACUCGCCCUCCAACAAGCUCCUCUACGCCAAGGACAUCCCCAACUACAAGAACUGGGUGGAGAGGUACUACUCGGACAUCGGCAAGAUGGCCGCGAUCAGCGACCAGGACAUGAACGCGUACCUGGCGGAGCAGUCGCGCCUCCACGUCACCGACUUCGCCACCAUGAGCGCCCUCAACGAGAUCUACGCCUACGUCACCAAGUACAGCGACGAGAUCCUGUGCGCGCUGGAGGGCGAGGAUCAGGCCAAGAGGCAGAGGCUGGCCUACAAGCUGGAGCUCGUCAUGGCCUGCAUGCGGGGCAGCACCUGACCGCCGGUGCCCGUUUCCCCCGCGCGGCCACAACCGACGAAAACCACCUCCGCCACCUCCUCCUCCUCCACCUCCUCCACCUCCGCACCCGUGUACGAUGACCGAUGGCACUCCGUGGGGGGUUUUCAUAGGAAACGCUCGUCACUUGGGGCAAAAAACGCUGGAGACCGUGUCCGCCGUCGCGGGUGGGGGGGGGGGGGGCGGCUGUGGCGGCGCGACCCUCACCUUUUGUAAUCUCCGUGUGAAGCCGUUUCUCAAUCCUCGCCGGCGGGGCCGCCGCCGCACCCCGAUUGUUUACACGUGCAUGUGAUCGCUAGCAACCCGUGUUCCGCUUGUGCCACCCCCCCCCCCCCCGUUAUCCCCCUUCCCCACCUUUGUCCUACCCUCGUGUGGUGCAAAGCAUUCUGGGGAAGUCAGGAAGGGCGUGGUGUUGCCGCUGGUGGGGGGGGGGGCCGGCUGCACCCCCCCCCCCCCUCCGUUGUUCGUAUAAUUUUUUUUAGCGACCCCCGCAUGUCCCGCCGCACCGCGCUUUCCCCUUUCUCCCGUCCGCCACGGAUCGCGAGCAGCGCCACAAAACCACUGCUUCUGUGCGAGGGGCGAGGGGGGUGCAGGGGGUUGGGGGGUGGGGCGGUCUUUGCGAACUUUUUCAUAGGAGAUGCUGAGAAUCUUGACAGCUUCAGUCAAAAUCGGCAGUGUGAAUGGCAGCUGCUGCUGCUGUCGUCAUCUGGCCAUGUUUUGGUUAUUAAUGAAGAAUUCAGUUCAUGAUUUAACCUGACGCUACAGGCGCGCUCAUUACAGGCGCGCUCGUUAACUUGACACUACAGGCACGCUCGUUCACCUGACGUUACAGGCAUGCGCGUUAGCCUGACACUACAAGUUCGCUCUCUACAGGCGCGCUUGUUAACCUUACGCUACAGACGCACGCGUUUACUUGACACUACAGGCGCGCUCGUUAACCUUACGCUACAGACGCACGCGUUUACUUGACACUACAGGCGCGCUCGUUAACCUGACACUACAGGCGCGCUCGUUCACCUGACACUAGAAGCUCGCUCACUACAGGCGCGCUCGUUAACCUGACACUACAGGAGCGGUCAUUAACCUGACGCUGCAGGCACGUGCCGAGCGAGUGUGUGUGGGGAUCGCGUCGGGGUGACGAGGCGGGCUGUCACGCAUGUCUAAUGCCCCUCGCGCUCGCCCGGGAGGAGCAGAGUGAAUCUGCGAUCGCGGCUUUGCGGCGCGUGACGGCCCCAGGUCGUGAAGGCCCCUGGGGCUGCGUCACUCUUACCUGGACAAUCGCCCUGUGGCUCGGACACAACGGGGCGGGAGGCGGUGGGGGGGGGGGGGGACCUCUGGGUGCGUUCCGUGAGCAACGACUUGAAUGUGAGCGAGGGGACGCAGGCCGCGGAGUCUCCGCCGCAGAGAUGCUCGUCGCCCGCGGCGAGAGAGGCCCGACUUCGAUUUGAACCGUCUGUGCGCGUUGCCGCCGCGAGGCCCCCCCCCCCUCCUACCCUGGCCUCUCAUCGCUCGGUGGCGCUCACGGAAGUGGUGGGAGAGUUCGGGGGGGGGGGGGGGCGGGCGGGGGGGGGGGGGCGGCCGAGCGCGCCGCUGUGACGCCAACCGUGCUCUCGUGCCGACUGUCCACGGAGCUAUAGGACCAGAAGCCAUUUCUCCCGUUUUCGCGAUACCGGGCCGAGCGCCGGUGUGCGCGGAUGAGCGACUGCGCCCAAGGGGU